CGCGUGGGGCGGUGCGUGUUGACAGCGGCAGCGGUGGAACCCGGCGGGCGGCGGGAGUCGACGCCUCGGGUUCCUGCCUCGCGUCCCUAGGCGGCGGCGGCCGGGCGUCCCGGGAUGGCCUUCAUGGAGAAGCCGCCAGCCGGCAAGGUGCUGCUGGACGACACGGUGCCGCUGACAGCAGCCAUCGAGGCGAGCCAGAGCCUGCAGUCCCACACGGAAUAUAUUAUUCGAGUGCAAAGAGGAAUUUCUGUGGAAAACAGCUGGCAGAUUGUUAGAAGAUACAGUGACUUUGAUUUGCUUAACAACAGCUUACAGAUUGCAGGCCUAAGUCUACCUCUUCCUCCCAAAAAAUUGAUUGGUAACAUGGACCGUGAAUUCAUAGCUGAAAGGCAGAAAGGUCUUCAGAACUAUCUCAACGUGAUCACCACAAAUCAUAUCUUGUCUAACUGUGAGCUGGUUAAGAAGUUUUUAGAUCCAAACAACUAUUCCGCAAACUACACUGAGAUUGCCUUACAACAGGUUUCCAUGUUCUUCCGAUCGGAACCAAAGUGGGAGGUGGUGGAACCUUUGAAAGACAUAGGUUGGAGAAUAAGGAAGAAAUAUUUCUUGAUGAAGAUUAAAAAUCAGCCAAAGGAACGGCUAGUGUUAAGCUGGGCUGACCUUGGCCCGGACAAGUAUUUGUCAGAUAAAGAUUUUCAGUGUCUAAUCAAACUUCUGCCUUCUUGUUUGCACCCUUACAUCUAUCGGGUUACCUUUGCCACAGCUAAUGAAUCCUCAGCAUUGCUAAUUAGGAUGUUUAACGAAAAGGGAACGUUGAAGGAUCUGAUCUACAAGGCAAAACCAAAAGACCCAUUUCUAAAGAAGUACUGCAACCCUAAGAAGAUUCAGGGUCUGGAACUCCAGCAAAUAAAAACAUAUGGACGUCAAAUAUUAGAGGUACUGAAGUUUCUUCAUGACAAAGGAUUCCCUUAUGGGCAUCUUCAUGCCUCCAAUGUGAUGCUGGAUGGGGACACUUGCCGGCUGCUAGACCUUGAAAAUUCCUUAUUGGGCCUGCCUGCCUUCUACCGAUCUUAUUUUUCACAAUUCAGGAAAAUCAAUACAUUGGAAAGUGUGGAUGUCUACUGCUUUGGCCACUUACUGUAUGAAAUGACUUAUGGACGACCGCCAGACUCGGUGCCUGUGGACUCCUUCCCUCCUGCCCCGUCCAUGGCUGUGGUGGCCGUGUUGGAGUCUACGCUGUCUUGUGAAGCCUGUAAAAAUGGCAUGCCUACCAUCUCCCGGCUCUUACAGAUGCCAUUAUUCAGCGAUGUUUUACUAACCACUUCUGAAAAACCACAGUUUAAGAUCCCUACAAAAUUAAAAGAGGCAUUGAGAAUUGCCAAAGAAUGUAUAGAGAAGAGACUAAUUGAAGAACAGAAACAGAUUCACCAGCAUCGAAGACUGACAAGAGCUCAGUCCCACCAUGGAUCUGAGGAGGAAAGAAAAAAAAGAAAGAUUUUAGCUCGAAAGAAGUCAAAACGAUCUGCUCUUGAAAACAGUGAAGAGCAUUCAGCGAAGUACAGCAACUCCAAUAAUUCAGGAUCUGGGGCCAGCUCACCUCUCACGUCCCCGUCAUCGCCAACUCCACCCUCUACAUCAGGCCCAGUGAGGAAAAGUGGACCUGCUGGGACAUCAAGCCCCACCGGACUGCUCCAGCCUGCUGAGGCCACAUCAGGGAGAUCCUGCUGCCUGUCCUCCUUUCCUUCCAUCUGCUUUACUGGAGCCCUGGAGCCCUUUGGACGGUGUAUUGAUUCACACCACCUACAUUUUCAAAGAGACUCAUUUAAAGUGACAAGUUUCAGCCUUUACUUGGACAGUGGAAAAUCCAUGUACUGAACCCCACCCUCAACUCCCAAACUCUGCGGUGGCGCAUUUGCACUUCUAAUUUUGAGGGCCUGGUAAUGAGGCCAAAACCAAGGGUUGCUUCUCUGUGAGGCCAAGCAGUUUUGUUAUGUGCCAAGAUGGCAGCCCCUACCCGAGCCCAGCCCUGAGGCCCGUCUCCUGUCUCCCAGAAUCCUUGCCUGGAGGGCUAGUCAGUCUUUAGUAGAACUCCCAAGUACUGCCGCAGCCGAGAGCCUGUCCUUAACUGCACAGUGAUUCUUCUGCCGGGGGUCAAAGCACAAACCUGGGAGACAAAAACCCUGGAGCUCCUUCUAUUACACUACGUGGCCCUGAAUAUCAAGUCCAGAUUCCACUGCCCUUUUCUGGCUAUUGGGUGGGAGGGUGCUGGGGAAGGGCAUUGGCACCUACUCACCCCCAAGUGGGCAGAGCUCACUCCUUUGGGCCCACUUGGUGUUGUAGUCAAGAGACUCAGUUCCAAAAACCUUCAGUAGAGGUCUCCCCUCCUCCUGGUAUUUCACUGGUUGCUCUCCAGAAGUCCUCUUCAGAGGAAUGCUUAACACACAGGCUUAUUCUCCGUUUUCCCACUUCAACAGUUACUUCAGGUUUAAAGUCCUUUUUAUCUCUGUAACCCUGUGACAUAAAGCCAGGAACAUUUUCCCACAAUCCACCUUAGCAUAAAACGUAACAGAAUUUCAUUCAUCAGUUGUUACUGUGUAGAACCAAUGAACAUGUUGGUCAUUUGUCUGUAUUUAAUCUUUAUUUGUAUUGCUAUAUUUGAGCAUUCCAAGAUUGCAGAGCAUGAGUGUGUGUAUUUGUGAUUCCUUAAUUUCAGCUGCCUUAGGUUUGAGUAAAAGAUGUAAAGAAAGGUAAGUGAUUUUUCUAUUGUAAGACUUUAACCGAUACCUGUCACACUCGGUGAAAAGGAUGUACUUACUUGAGUAUCGUAUUGGUGAUUCUGAGCCAGUCAUCCAUACAAACUUCAGUAGGGUAGCUUUACCUGUUAUCACAACUCAGUAGCAGUGUAGGGGAAACCACCUGGCAGAAUGUUUCCCUGGAGUAGCCCUGGGCGGGACAGAGACAGCAUCUGACAGGCAGUCUUAGAGAGCUGUAAGGUCACAGGAGACGAGGCAACUAACUGUGGCACAGGAACAUUCUUUAAGGCAAGGCUUUUUCUGAACUCGGUGUUUAUUCUGUCCUGAGAGAACCAUUCAUUGAUUCCAAAAUGUAAAAUUUGAGUUGCAAAGUCCAUGUGCCUGGAAGCUGAGGGAAGUUUUAGACACCUGCCCAGUUUCCCUCUCCUUGCCCACUGCGGUACAGCACGACAUUCUAGUUUCUCCUGAUGCUUCAUCAAAGACACAUUUAGUGCAGUUCUGUCCUGUUCCUUGGUUGGGCCACAAUGGAGAGAAUAGUACUUGAGAAGGAUUUCUCUGUAAGAAUACCAUGGCAGAGAGACUCCUCUGCCCCCUGCUUUGCAUUGCUAACAGUUAUUAGCAUUUUAUAUUUCUUUAAUGCAACCUAAUAGGAAAUUAUUGAGACAGACUCCUCUGGGAAAUGCAUAACCCAGGAGGCACUGAUUCCUUGCUGAGAAUCCUGAGUGGUUUGUCAUUUUACAUAAAAUCACAUCCUUCAAAUAUUGUGUUGGAGCAGCGAAAGAACUGUUCAUCCCUUAUGAAUAACUGACAUUGAGGAAGCCCAACUCCAUCAUGCAGAUGUCUAUCUUUAAUUGCUAGCUCAGAAGCAGACAGAGCUUCCUGGUACCUGGCUAAAGUAACUGAUAGAUGGAACUCUUCUUUGGGGGACUAUUACUAAUAUUUGCAAAUGGGGUCAGAGCCUCAUCUAUGCAGAGAAUGUCACCAUAUGUGGUUUCAUGUAAUCUGUAAUUAUUUGUUCCAACAGCCUUUAAGAUGACUAUUGUUUGAGAAACAUGGCAACUUUUAAUUCCCCUUUGAUGCUUCUAGCUUUGUUUAGUAUUUUAAGAACUCAUACAGUACUAGGUAUGUUGGUCCCUCUGAGGAAAACAUGUGGACUCUCACCAGUCCGUUGUGCUCAGGACUGAGCAGUAGCGUGUGUGCAGGGCAGCUGCGGAGGUGAAUACUGAUUGUCCCCCUUUUCCUCCACAGGGAUAUCUGCAUUACCUCCACCUCCUCCACCUCCACCACCACCAGCAGCUCCCUUGCCUCCUGCGAGCACCGAGACACCUGCCCAGCUCUCAUCUCAGGCUGUGAAUGGCAUGAGCCGAGGGGCCUUGCUCAGCUCCAUCCAGAAUUUCCAAAAAGGAACUUUGAGGAAAGCCAAAACCUGUGAUCACAGUGCUCCGAAGAUCGGCUGAAGCUUCCUGUUUACACUUGGAGGGAAAAGUUCUUUUUUAUUCCUACUCACCCCUACCCCCCAAACUACCCUCUUCCUGGGAAAGUAAUUGCUGAGCCAGUACAGCCACAAACUGUACUAUUUUGCAGAUGCUCAUGUAAGAAGCUUUUCAAGAGGGAAAUAAUUCUUUAAGCAGAAUAAAGUUAGGCUGGCAUUGCUCCCUUAAGAUUCUGCUCCUUUAUUAACCCUGUAAAGGAGUCCUGUUUAUCCUCUAAUGGGCAUGCUUCUGGGGCAGCAGCACAUUGAAAUAUUUUCACCAACUAAAGGAAAUAGACAGAAAAACAAUGACAAUAUUCAAUCACAGCCGUAACUGGCCUUUGUGUUGCAAUCCCUUCUACCCCAUCAGACAGCUCCUAGAAACAUUCCUCUUACAGUUCAUUUCUCUAAAGCAUUUUCUGAUUCUUAGAUAACUCCAAUUUUUGCUACCUUUAUCUUAGACAUUAACACUAUAGCCCAAAGCAUAGUCACUUUGCUGAAUCAGAAAGCAACUGAGUUCUUCAUUUUCCCCUCAAAUAGAAUGGGGAACAUUCACAACAUUCUCUUAAGUUCUAACAGGAAUACCAUUGUGGUUAUAGAACUCAGGGCUGCUAAAGCAACUACUCUAGACCCAUAGUUCUUUUUAGUUAGAAUGUAUUGAAACAGACAAAAAUAUUAACAUCAGAAAAAGCUCUUGCCAAUUAGAGGAUCUUCUUAAUCCUCAGCAAUUAAGUUUGGGGUUUGAGGGGGCAGGUCACUGUUACAACAGAAGUAAAUUUGGCAUCUAUAGAAAUCAAUUAUGAUUUUUGAAAGAUUUAUCUAAAUAUAUCAAUAUAACAUCUCUUUAAUGUUAGUCAUUUAUUAGAUCCUUUAUCUUGAUUUGCUUAAACCCUUCAAUAAAUUGCACUUUAAAGGAUUAUAAAUAAUCCAUUAAAAAAUUGAAGUACACACAUCAGUGUUGGUUACUAUGCAGAGAAUGUCAUUGUGUAUAGUUUCAUGUAAUCUGUGAUAAAUGUCAGCUGUAUUUUUUAUUAAAAUCAUGUCAAGAAAA